AUGGCGAGCCGUCGUCGGUCAGCGCCUGCGCAACGCUCUAUGACUAGAAGUCGAAAAAUUCUAGCUUUGGUGCCUAAAUGCGGAGCUAAGUCUGAUGUAGAAUCUAGCGAAUCUUCGGAAGAUGAAUUCCAGAUGUGUAGGCCUCAUCAAGAUGUCUCCGAAGACAGUUCUCCUGUCCGAUCAAUAGCGUCAUCUGUCGAAAAUGUAAAUAUCUCUGAUAGUGAUGACUGUGAGUAUCGAGAAAUAUACGCCGUUGCUUCUGUCCAUGAAGAGCCGAGAUUCGGACACAACACUACUGACUCUAUUCCAUACUCACCUUCUAUUCUUCAACAUGAUCCUGACAUUAUACCGCCUUCACCAUCAGUUUAUAUUCCACCGUCACCAUCUAUAGACUCAAUCUGCAGUCCCGCAUCUUCAGCACCUGCCGCAUCUUCAGCACCUGCUGCACCUUCAGCACCUGCCACCGCAGCUACUGUGCGUCUUCGGCGUUAUAAAAAAACUCCGGUUAUCGUAAAGAAAACCAUAUUGAAACCUAUCAAAAUGUCUCCUAAAUGGACCAGAACGAAAUUUCAAGGAUCGGCAGAUAUAGAAGAUAAUAUGUUUUUCAAUUCUACUGAUAUUGAAAAAUCGCCGCUUGAUUACUUUAACCUAUUUUUUACUGACGAUAUACUAGAACUUAUUGUAUACCAUUCUAAUUUAUAUUCGGUACAAAAGAAGGGCACUUCAAUUAAUAUAACCAAAGACGAUAUAAAAGAUUUCAUAGCUAUAAAUAUUUUAAUGGGUGUUGUAGACAUAUACUGGCAUAUACCGGCAUAUACUGAUUACUGGUCCAAUGACUUUAAGUACCAAAGAAUUUCCGACGUCAUGACAUUGAAGAAAUUUCAAUUAAUUCGACGAUACAUUCACUUCAAUGAUAACCUUAAAGAUGACGGUGACAGGUACUAUAAAAUAAGACCGCUUGUAGAAAAAGUUCGUCGUAACUAUGCGUCUAAUAUUCCUGAAGGAAAACGAUUCAGCAUCGACGAGAUGAUGGUGCCUUAUAAGGGUACUAGAGCUGGGAGCCGAAAACAAUAUGUACGCAAUAAACCCAAAAAAUGGGGCUUUAAGUUUUUUGUCCGUGCUUCUCCAUCUGGCCUCGUACAUGAUUUUAUUAUUUAUGGAGGAGAAGAUACUUUUAGACACCAUACUUUUUCUGAAAAAGAAAAAGGAAUGGGUCUUGGAGCCAAAGUUGUAACAGCUUUGGCCAAAUCUAUCAAGCAAAAACCAUGCUCCGUACUUUACUUCGACAACUUUUUUACGUCAAUUGAAUUGAUGCAUCACCUAAGGAAUGAGUAUGGUAUAUUCUCCUUAGGUACAGUCAGGACAAAUCGACUUCGUGGGGCAGAAAAAAAAUUACCAACUGAUAAGGAGUUGAAGAAAAAGGGCAGGGGAGCUUUUGCACAAGUCGUGUCUAACGAACACAAUAUCGCAGUUGUGAAGUGGUUCGACAACAAGUUUGUUGUGGCUGCAAGCACUUAUGUCGACGCUCACCCUGUACAGAAUAUAAUGCGGUACAAGAAAGAAGAAAAGAAGAAAGGUCUGGUCACGUGCCCAAAUUUAAUAAAGCACUACAACGGAAAUAUGGGUGGAGUUGAUCUAGCCGACAUGAAGUAG